AUGGAAACCGAUAGCGAUACACCUACGAUGAGAGGAUCUGAUGAUGAUUUUCAAGAAACCGACAAAACUACAUAUGAGAAAGCUCAAUUAUUUGGAAGUGAAAAAGGUGUCGAAGUUGACCUUGAACCAGAUAAAAUUAAACUUGAUAAAAAACAAGGAAUGUAUCAAAUUACUAAACACAUAUAUGUAGAUAAACUUUUUUAUAAUAUUUUUCCCAUGGAAUAUCCUAUUACAUCGGAAAAUGGCGUAGCAAUUAUAAUUAAUAUUGAAUAUGUUAGAUCAAAUGUGGAUGCUGAAAACUUUACCGACUUUAUACAAUAUGAUACAAGAAAAAGUUGUGAUAAUAGCGAAGUUAAUUGCUAUUUACUCAAUACCAAGGCUAAAAAAAUAUCUUUAAAUUGUCAAGGUGUUAAAGUAUGUGAAUAUUUUAAAAAUAGAAAUAAAGAUCAUUGUCAUGUCGAUUUCGACACAGAUUUUAUAAAUAUGAAUAAAACUCAUACGCGACAUAAAGAUAAAUCGGAGAGAUCAUGCGAUAGUAUAUUUCCUUAUAAUUCAAAACAAAAUACUUGUGGAUUUGUUCAUAAAUCUUCACGAGAAGGAAUUCUUAAAAAAUCAGAUUGCAAUGUAAAGUUCUAUGGAAUUAUACCAUUAGAUCGAAAAAUACCAUAUGUAAUAUUGGUAUGCAAAGGCAAACAUUCUCAUCCACCUCCCCAACCUAAGUCAAUGGAUCCGCAUAUGUCAAAUAUGAUGCUUGAGUUAACAUCAAUUAAUUUAUCUUUUGGUCCCUAUAUCAAUAUUACUGCUGAUAAAUUACUAAGCGAUAAUUUUAUAAGAACUGUUAUUGGUGAUAAAGACUUUCAAGAAAUCCAAAAGUCUUUAACUAGUGAGAAUGAGCUUAGAAAAUUAUUAGCAAAAGUUCAAAAAUCUUCAUUUGGACAGGACUUGAUAGGUUUACAUUUUAAUAUUUGGUCCGGAAAUUUAUCUGAUUAUAUACAACAAUUUGAGGGUUGGAAAUGCAUUCUUGGCAAUCUUGAUAAAGUCCAACUUGAAGGAUUUGGUCGUGCUUUAAGCAAAUUAAACCAUAGUUCUUGUUUAAAUGAAGAUCUUAAAAAAAUUUAUAAAAUUUGUAGUUCCCAUUUCAAAAAAGAAAUUCAAAACAGCAAAUAUUCAAAAGCUAAUCAAAAUCUUAUGGAAGAGUUAUUGGAUGCGCCUUCUGAAAAAAUAAAGCCGAUAUUUAAAUCAUUAAAAUGUUCGAAUGAAAUUGAUAUUGAAGACUGGGUUGAUUUUUAUGCUACUAAUUGGGUAACAGCCUUAUUAAACCCUUCUAACUCACAAAUAAAUAAAGAAAUAUGGAAUUCAGCACCGGAUAUUACGGCGAAAUUAUGCAAUGAAAAUGCGUAUCACGAUGGAAAUAUGACUUUACUUGAUGCAAUUAUAACAGCAAAAGACUAUGAUAAGCAACAACAUUCUGAUACAUAUAAUAAUAUUAAGAAAUCUAACAAUG